AAAAUGACCAACCAACCAACAGACACUCGCCGAUCCGUUUCCACACCCAUGGCACGCAGUUCUGGCUGGUCAUGGAAGAACUACGAGCGUCCUGGACUAAUGCAGGAUGAGAUCGAGGAGGUGAAAGCUGCUUUCGACUUGUUCGACGUGGAUGGCACGCAACGAAUCAAUCCCAAGGACCUACGUGCCUGCAUUCAAUCGCUGAAUUUGCGGCGGAACCAGGUGGUCCAUCAUUUGCUGAAUGAUUUGGAGCGCUUUGGGUCCAAGCCUUUGGACUUCAAGGGCUUCCUGGACAUCAUGACGGCCAAGAUGGGGGAACGAGACACCAAAGAGGAGAGCUUGGGGAGCAGCUGCCAGCGGAGGCAUUGGAGGAGAUGAUCUCGCGAGCUGACUCGGAUGCAGAUGGGGAGGUGACGCUUGAUGACUUCUACGUGCUCAUGACUGAAAAGACGUUUCCCUACUAAGCACUAGCAGCCACGGGCUGUAAGUGGAUGGAUCGCCGCUAAUUGAAGACAUUGAGAGCUCU